GGAAGUUGUGCGUUUCUUUGCCUGUAACUUCACGGUGGUGCCGGACAGCUGCCACACUGGACUCGGACUGAGCCGAACUGUCAUUCCUGUGAUGCCCCAGGGCGGGCUGAGCUGGUCGGGGUUGCGAUGCCUUACGUGGACCGACAGAAUCGCAUCUGCGGCUUCCUGGACAUCGAGGAGAAUGAGAGCAGCGGCAGGUUCCUGCGCCGAUACUUCAUCCUGGACACGCAGCAGGGCAGCCUGCUGUGGUACAUGGACAACCCUCAGAAUCUGCCUAAAGGUACAGACAGGGUGGGAUCCCUCAAACUCACCUACAUCUCCAAGGUCAGUGAUGCCACCAAACUCAGACCAAAGGCAGAGUUCUGCUUUGUUAUAAAUGCAGGAAUGAGGAAGUUUUAUCUGCAAGCCAACGACCAGCAGGAUUUGGUGGAAUGGAUCAGUGUUCUCAACAAUGCCACCAAGAUUACUGUGCCAAAGCCAGGUGAGGGCCACGCCGCCCAUGCAGAGACUUCCCAGGAAGGACUUGGAGCCAUGAAACAGAUCUCCUACAAGACUGAGAUCAUAGGAGGAGUUCCUAUCAUCACCGCUACACAGGAGCAGGGGGAGGGGCAGAAUGGGGCGGACCGUGGAGGUUUGAAGCGGUGUCAAAAUCAGCUGCCCUACUUCCUGUCCAGAGGAGCCCAGGACCAGGCCUUCAUCAAGGCCGGGUACUGUGUCAAACAAGGAGCUGUGAUGAAGAACUGGAAGAGGAGGUACUUCAUGCUGGAUGAAAAUGCUGUCAGCUACUACAAAUCUGACCUGGAGAGGGAGGCGCUGAGAGUCAUCUCGCUGAAGGAGAUCCACAAAGUUCAGGAGUGCAAACAGAGUGAGCUGAUGAUGAGGGACAACCUGUUUGAGAUGGUCACCAGCUCCAGAACCUUCUACAUACAGGCUGACAGUCCAGAGGACAUGCACAGCUGGAUUAAGGCCAUCUCAGGAGCCAUUGUGGCUCAGCGAGGCCCCGGACGCUCAGCAAACACUGAGCGCAGUGACCACCCCUCUCCCUCCCCAACAUCCUCCUCCAUCUUCUACUACCCCCUCGACCAGGAACCACACCACCCGCACUCCUCCUCCGGCCCCUCCUCAGCGGGCGCUCAGCCUCACACUGGACACGCACCACCAGGACAACUUCCUGGGCCUGCUUCCGUGGAGGCUGAGCGGCGUUCAGUCCGUGAUGAUGCCCCUCCCUUCGGCGCGCUCCCGCCUGUCGCUGCAGGAGACGGUGCAGUCCUCAAAGUAACCGGGGCGGAGGACGAGUCGCUGUGGAAACGCCGCAGCGAAAUGGCUAAGCUGGGGUUUGUUGGCAGCGGUGGCGAGGAAGAGCUUAACCGUCACACCACUGAGAAUUCGGAUGUGUCCAUUACCCUGAUUUGAUGAUGAUGAUUGACAGAGACACACACACACACACACACACACACUCUCCUACACAAGCGCCAUGUGCUCAGACUGCUCUGUGUCCUUAAAAAACUACCUGACUGGCCAAAUGAUCCUCCUACAAAACUGGGACUAGUUGGCUCCUUCCUGGGACCAGUCUUUUGUACGUGUGUGAUAGAAUCUUCUUCUUCUUCUCUAGUUUUUAUCUUUACUUUUGUCUUCCUGUGUAUUAUUUACAAGAUAUUUCUGCUGGCAAACAUGUUGUCACGCAAAGGAAAAUAGAAAACCUUAGAUAUUGUACAGUGAAGUUUUGAGAUGUUUCAGCAGAGGACGAACCUUGAAACCCGCUCACAGCGCGAUGACGGCGCGGUUUCAUGAUUCAUGUAGGAAACAGACAAACCAAAGUUUGCAGUCGUGCGGUUUUUUUCUACGGCAGCAGCUCAGACGUUACUUAGAGACGUCCAUCUCUGCUGAGGAACUGACUAAUCCAGAUUCUCAGUUUAUUGUAUAAGACAAUCCCCCUUGAUAUUAUAAACUCUGUAACUCUGAGUUUCCGCCAGAGGACCUUUAGUUUCUCUUUUCUCUCGUCUCCGUUAGAGAACAUCAUCCUGUCAUACAGAUCUUGUUUUUAGCGUUUUAGAGCACCAAAGUCCAGAUUCACUGAAGUUGCAUUUUAACAGAGGUCUGCACGUCCUCUGGUUUUUAACUUACUGACCCAAAAAUAUAUUAUUCAGCAACUACUGUGGUCACAUGUCAACAAUGAAUCACUAAAAUAUUACAUUAUUAAAACAUAAGAAGGAACAACCCUGUUGUUCCUGAUCUCUUUGUCUUUUUGACACUGAUGAAUGGAUUUUAAAAAGAAUUUAGAAAAGAAUUUUUUUUUUAGCUUAAGGAUUUUCUGGUCACACAAGCAUUUGUACCAACAAAAUGUCAAAUAGGUUCAUUCCGUCACUGCGGUCAGUGGAUUCACUCGUAGAGCUUCUGUGUACAGAUCAAAUUUUGUGAAUUUUGACAUGUCACUAACAAAUUUUCCAACCAUCAUCUUGGCAGAGCUUUGAGGAAAUGGAGAGCUGGAGAGUCCAAGAUGGAAAAAUCACAUUAGCUUAUUAUGUCACACCAUUGGAUUUUAUUCACCCAUGCUCCACAAACACACACACACACACAAACUCCACACUGCAGCAUGGUUCGAGUUCACGGUACAAAUAUACAAUUGUGCUGGUUACUUCGCUAACUGGUAGUUAGCUCACUGGUAGCAAUCCAGCCAGCUUAGCAAAUUAUUUUGGCUGCUUAGCCCCAGUAUGUUACUUGCUAGUUAGCGUGUUAGCCUAUUAGCUCGCCAACCAUGCAAUCACUACGUCACCGUCCUUCGGCGCUGCCUGUUCUGCAAGAACAUGUGGAUGAUUUUGCAGCACCGCUUUCUGGUCAGUCCAGAGACUAAGAGUUAAAGUAAAUUAAAAGAUAAAACAUCACCACCAACGUGUAAAUAAGGAGAUUUUCACUGAACAGCAGCAUCAUUCAAAUAAAGCUAUCACCUCUUUAUAUCCGGAUACUUCUAGUUUCUGCUGUUAGACUGGAGCCUUGUUCAUAAUUAUAAUUAUUCUGCUGAAUUUUGUCGCACAGAGUUUGUUUCAUUAUAAUGGGAGGCAACAGUGGAGUGACGGCUGCUGACAGUGGCUUCAUUGGUAGCUGAGUUACAGAUGCUUUUACACCUGUACAGGCCUUUCUUUGUUCUGACGUCAGGACUGAACCUGUUGGGUAGUUCUCAGAGUCUUUAUUCUUCCAUUCAGAAUAUCUCCAGCAGUAAUCUGGAGCAGUGACUUAUUUUAUUAAAUGUUUAGUAGUAGUCAGAUAGCAGUCAAAUAUUAGUCAGAAAGAGAGAUUAGCAACUUUCCAUCUUCAGCGUAAUCAUUGCCUUGCCUUGGAAAAUCUUCUAUUUACAAAAUACAAAACAAGUGUUUUUAGAAAAUACUUUUUUUUUUUUUUUUAUUAAAAAAGGUGAAAUUUGCCAUUUACCAAAGCCACAAUAUUCAGCAUAGACUUUGGUAAGUGAUAUGACACUGUCCGCUCUUCGCUGUGCAACCCUCCGGACGAUCUGGGCUCAGCACUUAACAAUAAGUGUAUGAUAAUGACUUAAAGAGGUAUUUAUAAAAGGUGUUAUGAGGAGCUGAUUUUCAUUCUGCUCACCAGCUUUACUCACCUCGACUCCUGCACUGUACAUUCAUGUUACCGUUUCUUUUUUUGAACUCCAUCUGACGUUGUUUUAAUGUGUUUCGUUUAAAGAUGUGGAGAGACAUAUAAAAAAAAAAAAAACUAAAAAAAAAACUCAUACUGUUGAUUUGUUGAUCUGUAAAUGUUGUUUUUGGACUCGGGCACUGCAGCCAUUGUCCAGGCCUGAACUCUGCACACUCUGUGUUGGAGACUGGUUGUGGGUAUUUUUGUCUGAUGUUCUUUUAGUUUUGAUGGUUUUAUUAUUCACAGAGAUGAAAUGGUUUUGAGGAAAUCUACAUAUAUACAUAUAUAUAUAUAUAUGUAUAUAUGUUGUUUACUGACUUUUAUACACAAGUGUGCAUGGUUGCAUGCACACAACCUGCCACCCCACCCCACCCCACCCCCCACCCCUGCUGUUCCCUGUUAAAGAUAAGCUGGGUAAAGUGCCUGCAUUGUUCUUUCUAAAGAGUUGAUAAGAAAACACAUGAUGAGCUGUUUUGACCCUUUUUAGUGUGUAAUUGAUUCUAAGACCAUGUGCUCUAUUUAUUAAAAGAAAUUUGAAAGUAA